GUGGGAUAUCACACGAGGUCGUUUAAAGUCAGUCUAGCUAUGUGACGGAGAUGGACAGUUGGUGAAAUAAAAUUAAGUUCGUCAGAAUGAGUAUUGCUAAAGGUUGUGUUUUCUGUAUUGCUAUGGUGGCAGGAUGGCUUAUCAGUUAUUCAUUUGGUAUCGAAGAUGCCUUGCUAAGUAACAGUGAAACUCAGGAUUGGGUAAGCCAGAAUGAACAAGAUGAUUCCUAUAGUGCUGCCAUAAGCCAAGACAGACAAAGAGUUGCUCGAGCUAUUUCCGACCCUAGAAGGAACUGUAACACAUGGGCAGAGUGGGUAAAUGAAAAUCAUCCUUCACUGCCGCAUAAAGAGGAUAAGGAAUUCAUCUCACAGAGGACCAGGCAGGAGUUCUGUCCUUCAGGGAAGAUAAGCAAGUUCGAAUGCAAGGAUGACAAAGGGGAACCAUUUCAAAGGAACUUCACUUCGUUGGACGGAACGUUUUUCAUCUCUUGUUAUGACAUCAAUGUUGGAGUGAUCUGCACAAUUUCGAAUACAUCCAGUGCAUACAUAAAGCACUGUCCGGAUAUGUCGAUCAGAUAUUAUUGCUCGUGUCCAGCCCUACAUACUGAUCAUACAAUAUCAGGCAAGUUUGUUUGUUUUAAUUUAUUCAUAUUUAACUACAGUAUUUAUGGUAUUUUCACAACUGAUCUGCCUUUUAGUUAG